UGCUGUCAGGCCGAACAGACGUAGCGACCUAACGGAGACAACCCACACCAGCAUCCUUUGUUUUCUGGAGCUGGAGAUCAAGCCGUGACACCGACUGACAACCUACAGCAUUUGCAGGAGAAGGAAGAAGCAUCCAGCUCCAACAGCCAGUAGCAAAAGCUUGGAGCAUGGAAGGAGCCAACAGAUUGAAGCAGGACUCUCAUGCUAACCACUAAGACAGCUCCAAGCUGAUCGUGUGGCGAGCUGAGAGGAAAGCUAAAACGAGGGUGGAGAGGCAGCGGGGCUUCCUUUUUCCAUUGUCCACGGCCUUCCAUUGGCCCUUCUGUAGCACUCAUCAACACCACUGCCCUGUAACACUCUUAUCUCUCUUUGUGCUCCUUUUCAUUCUGUUGCUGCACUUGUUGUCUCUCUUCCUAUCUACUUAUCGGUUUAUCUUGUUUGAUGAAUUGGUCAUCAGAAAUACAAGCACCUCAAACCAGUAGAGACCUCUCCCUAAAGGCCAGUGAAGUUAGCCGUUGAAGUUGUAGAGCUGCCAACAGGAAGCGAUCAUCCCACUUAUGCAAUGCAGAAGUAUAUGUGACUGCAGUACUUCACCAGUCCCCCCGUCCCCCCUGUUCCCUUCCCCCCCAACCCAGAGUCUGGCUCAGUCCCACAGGUCAUGAGGAGGGCCAGGGGCUUCAACUCUUUCUAGACUUUCUCUUUUCCACCUUUUGUCUUCAUGCUUUGGGGGUCCUCCAGUGUCCCUGCCCUCUGUCGACCCCCCCACACCCACCGCCACCACGGCCAGCCACCCCAGUCGCCUCGUUGCCAUGCCGACAGAGACACUGGCUCCAGCCCUGCCAGAUAGCAAGGCCGCUGGCCCUGCGGUGCCCUUCAGUUCAACUGUGCCCCUUCGCAUCCUCAACAAGGGCCCUGAGUACUUCAGGAGACAGGUGGAACCUAACCCAAAGCGCCUCAGUGCUGUUGAGAGACUAGAAGCUGACAAGGCCAAGUAUGUCAAGAGCCAGGAAGUUAUUAACGCAAAGCAGGAGCCAAUCAAACCACCUGUGCUGGCAAAGCCUCCUGUUGGCCACACCCUUCUGUCAAAGAGAGGCUCGGGGAUUGGCGGAGGAGGAAAUGGAGGCGGAAUACCUUUCAAAGCUUCUAAUAACAAUGCCAAGUCAGACACAUGCGCAACAAGCAGUGGCAGCAGCAAACGGGAGAACUUAAACCUGGAGAUCUUAAAAAAUCUGCUAAACUCAUCAUCCUCUUCAGGAGCAGGAUCUGAAGGACUAGGAGGUGGAGCUAAGAGUGCUGUGCUGAUGAGGUCAUCAGGGGGAAUGGCCAGGAGUUGGACACCAUCUGGGAUGCCCUUAACGUAUCGAUCUACGAUGACACUAAAUGAACAACCAUCAGAUCCAGCUCCCAGCCCCAGCACCUCACACUCUCUACGAUCCUUCUCCCAUUCCCUUAAGGUGCCCCCGAUCAACAGCGGGGGGCGUCGCAGUCCACAACAGGGAGGAAACCUCAACCUCAGCAGACGAGUCCUGGAUGAGAGAGGAGGUGAAAGAGGAGUUAUUGAACGUUCUCGCUCCCCACUGCCACCUCUGCUCACCUCCCACUCGUCUUCCGACCUCCUGCGACUGUGUAAUGGCAAACCACUCCGUACAGCCCGAUCCAGUAGCUCUUCAGCUCCACCCCUUCCUCCAAAACCUAACCCCGCCUCUCUCCCCCCUCCUGCCCUUUCUUUGUCUUUGCCCCCCACUCGUCCAAAUCCAUCUCCCGCCCCCUGUGAUAACACUACCCCUCAAUCACUACCUUGUGAUUUUGGGUACCCUUCCAAUACGUCAGCUGAACCCAACCUGGAGCUUGAGCUUGGUUCAUCUGUGGCUCGUCGCUCCUCACUACACAGAUCUAAAUCAGACCUGUCAGACCGGUAUGCCCGGGCUGGAGCUGAUGUGGAACGCUUUUUUAACUACUGUGGCCUCGAUCCCGAGGAGCUGGAAGCGGUUGGUCCAGAGAACUUUGCAAGGGCGAACUCAGACAUUGUCAGUCUGAACUUCCGAUCAGCUUCUAUGAUCUCCUCCGACUGCGACCGGUCACGACGAUCUUCCAAUGACGGGCUAUCAGAUGGAGAUGAGGGUGAAGAUGAGGAGGAAGAGGCCGGGGAGCGUGUGCCAUAUGGCAUCUCAGCUGUGGAGCGAAAUGCAAGAGUCAUUAAAUGGCUGUAUAGCAUUAAACAAGCCAGAGAGACACAAAAAGUCUCACAUGUUUAGGAUAAGCAUUACAGUGUAAUGGAGGUACUGUAAUAUAUAGACAAACUGCCUCAUGUCUCACAAUUAAUAGGUGGACCAUCAUAUUUCACAGGUUUAGAGACUGUGAUGAUGGGGCUGAACUGAAAAUUUGUCAAAACGUGUAGAUGAAUGAAUGGAUGGAAGGUGUAACCCAAACGAGGUAAGCAAACAGACAACAUUUUGUUCAGUGACAAAAUGAGGAUGAGGACACCAAUCCUUCUAGGUGGUUCAGAACAAGAUGAAUACUAAUGACAGAGGGGAAAUAAACUCGGACAUUCAUAUGAAUAAAAUGUUUUGUCUCAAAACACAGACUAACUAGGUAACUGUUUCUCUAUGGACGUUCUAAACCAACAGACAAAGUCUGUUAGUUUGCUUAACCAACAACAAGAAGAGCAAAAUGCACUAUGAAUUUUCAAGGACCCACAACAUGACCUCCUCACUACAGAGGGUUAAAGGCCUUUCUCACAGAGGAAAUUUUGUCUCAUCAAUCAUAGGUAUAACUGACAUUGUAAUAAAGUGUAGUAUGAUCAUCACA